AAAGGGGGCGGGGAAAGGAAUGAGUCUGGCUGGAUCGUUUCCUGCCGCUUCCCUCACAGCGAGCCUCUGGCCCCGGCGCACCUUUGCUACCCAGGCGACUGACCCCCAUCUGCGGCCAACCCUCCGGGUCCUUAUCGCCCGUCGAGCCCCUCACCCGAGUCAGGCCCGCCACUAGAGACCCCCGAUGGGGCCCAUGUUUCACUCCUCCUGAGGCGGGAGCGCCACUUUGCGGUACGGAAGCUACAAAGCAUCGCACACUGGAGCGUCUCCCCGAAAUCUGCUUCCGCUUCCUGCUUCCGGAAAAGUGUUAAGUCUGUUUUCGUUUGGGAAGGAGAUACAGAAAUAGAAUCGAGGAAGAUUUAAAGGGCUAGGCUGAUUGUUUUUCUUAAUGCAGGCCUCUGGAGGUGGCUCUUGUCACUGCAGGGCCACCAGGGUGUUCGCUUGCUUGUUUCAUCCUUCCCUUGCCUAGUCUCAUCUUCUCAGCUCUCUGAAAAGCCAUGUCCAAACCCUCCCUCAUCACCUUCACCCCGGCCACUGACCCCAGUGACCUCUGGAAAGAUGGGCAGCAGCAGUCACAGCCUGAAGAGCUGGAGCCCACCCUGGAUGGGGCUGCAGCCCGAGCUUUCUAUGAGGCCUUGAUUGGGGAUGAGAGCAGCACCCCUGAACCCCAGAGAGCUCGGCCUGAGCCUGCCAGUGAGAGAAAGAGGAAGAAAAGAAGAGUGAUGCGACAGGCUGCAGCAGGAGCAUCAAGAGGACAUGGACAAAGUAGAUCCCUUGAGGCCGAGGACAAGAUGACCCAGUGGAUAUUGAGGGCAGCCCAGGAGGGGAACUUGGCAGAACUAAGAAGGCUGUUGGAUCCUCAGGAAGCAGGGGGAGCUGGGGGGAAUAUCAACACUCGGGAUGCCUUCUGGUGGACUCCCCUGAUGUGUGCUGCCCGAGCGGGCCAGGGGGCGGCUGUGCGCUAUCUCCUGGGCCGUGGGGCUGCCUGGGUGGGUGUCUGUGAGGUGGGUGGCAGGGAUGCUGCUCAGCUGGCCGAAGAAGCAGGCUUCCCUGAGGUGGCCCGCAUGGUCAGAGAGAGCCAUGGAGAGACGAGGAGCCCAGAGAAUCGGGCCCAAUCCCCUUCCCCCCAGUACUGUGAGACCUGUGACGCCCACUUCCAAGACUCUAACCACCGCACAUCUACUGCUCACCUGCUGUCACUGUCUCGGAAUCUCCAGCCCCCCAACCUGCCCCUUGGGGUGCCCACCUCCAGCCCAGGCUUCAAGAUGCUGCUGAGGGAGGGCUGGGAGCCUGGAAUGGGGCUGGGACCCCGGGGCGAAGGCCGCACCAAUCCCAUCCCCACUGUCCUCAAGAGGGACCAAGAAGGAUUAGGGUACAGAUCCGUGCCCCAGCCCCGAGUCACACACUUCCUGGCUCGGGAUACCCGGGCUGUGGCUGGGAGAGAGAGAGCCCCUCGGGUGAUCACACUGAGUCGGAGGGAGGAGAGGAGGCAGGAGGAGAAGGACAGGGCCUGGGAGCGGGAUCUGAGGACAUACAUGAACCUUGAGUUCUGACCUUAGCAAGAUCUGACCCUGGGCUGCUGCCAAAGUCUGAACUUGUGCCUCUGACCUGGGCACUUUGGCUUCUACUUCCUACAGUCUGCCCAAGUCCUAGACCCUUAGGUUUUCGUCAGUGGGCUCUGCCUUUGGGAGAGAGGGACUGAGAGUUGAGAAAUAAAUCAACCUUCUCCUUC